AAAAACGAACAAUGAAACAUAUCUGAAGAAACAUUGUAAAAAGUAAAAAAAAAACAGCAGCCAUCAGAGAAGAAUAAAUUUUCUUGGCGUGAAAAUCCCAUGAAAAAGUGCAUAAAGAUUGCAAAAGUGCGUGAAAAGCGAGUGCUCGUGUGGUGUUUGUGCGAAAAGGAUUGCAAAUGUGCGUGUUUUAGCGGGGAGUGGGUGCGGAAAAGUUGAAAAGUUCUUCGCAGUAGAUUUCGGGGCCUGAAGAGAAAGAGAGUACAUUAUAGUUUUUACAAUAAUGGCGUGCUUAAAUACACUCAAGUUGGAGAUAAAGACAUUAGAGCAAACAUUUACGAAAGCCCAUGAACGUUUCCAAAUAAUGAAUGCAAGUGUUGAUGAACUAACGUGCAGAUUUAUCGGGAAGAAUGGCAAACGUUACGACAUCCAUGCGAAUAUUACAGAGACAUACCCCUCCACCCCGCCAGUUUGGUUCGCCGAAAGCGAAGAGACCAGCGUAACAAAUGCUGUACAGAUUCUCAGCAAUACCCAUGGAAGGGAUAAUCAUGUUAUUAAUCAAGUGGGUAUAUUGAUAAGGGAACUAUGUCGACUUCACAACUGCCCCUUGCCACCGGAUUUGGAUAACUUGGCAUUGCCACUACAGCAGCCAGAUCCUCCUGCCGCGGUACACUCACAUGCUCAGUCCAUUGAUGACAAUGAGUCAGAUGGCGAUGAUUUGGAUGAUGUUGUGGGUGAAAGUGAUCAAGAGAGUGAAGCCGAGGAGGAUUUGCCUUUAGAGAUGGACGAUGGACGUAGUACAAAUAAAGACGAGAUGGAGGUUGAGCAUUUAGCAACAUUAGAAAGACUGCGACAAAGUCAACGACAGGAUUAUCUGAAGGGCUCAGUAUCUGGAUCUGUCCAAGCCACCGACCGUUUAAUGAAGGAGCUGCGUGACAUUUAUCGCUCAGAUUCAUUCAAAAACAACAUGUAUUCUAUAGAACUCGUCAAUGAUUCGAUAUAUGAGUGGAAUAUACGGCUAAUGUCUGUUGAUCCAGAUAGUCCACUGCACAACGAUCUCGUCAUGCUCAAAGAGAAGGAGGGCAAAGACAGCAUAUUGCUGAAUAUUAUGUUCAAGGAAACGUAUCCAUUUGAGCCGCCAUUUGUACGUGUUGUGCAUCCCAUUAUUUCUGGAGGAUACGUCCUUGUGGGUGGAGCAAUUUGCAUGGAAUUGCUAACGAAGCAAGGAUGGAGCUCGGCAUACACGGUUGAAGCCGUAAUCAUGCAAAUUGCAGCAACACUAGUCAAGGGAAAGGCUCGUAUUCAGUUUGGACCAACGAAGGUUUUGUCGCAGAGCCAGUAUAGCCUAGCACGUGCCCAACAGAGUUUCAAGUCACUUGUACAAAUCCAUGAGAAAAAUGGCUGGUUUACACCACCAAAGGAGGACGGCUAAGUGCGCGCGUGGGUGCAAUGUUAAAGAGACAGAAAGAUGGGUGUAAAGCCGUGUAGAAAGAUGAUGGAGGGCAGGAGGAGACAACAGAAUUAGUGAGAAAGAAAGAAAAAAAUUGAGCAUCAGGAGGCGAAAAUUCGUUUAAAUUAAAAUUUAUAACUUGUGUAUAAUAUUAACUGAGAGAAAUACUUGAAUUUCAGGAAGUUUUUUUCAUCAAUCAUGUAAAAAAAAAAAUGAAGACGUUAUCUCAAUCCUUUGUCUUUAGACGUAAAUAUAAAUAUAUAUAUUAGUUAUAAAUUUAAUUUCCAGAUAAUGCAAGAAUGAAAUGUAUAAAAAAAAAUAAAAACAAGAUAAUUUAGAUGCGAAA